UGGGGCUUUUUUUUGGAUAGUUUACGACAAAUAUUAUUCGCCGUGACGACCUCCUCGAUCGCAUCAUCGCCUUCCUACCCCUCCGCCCCACCUGCCGCCGCUUCCGCUCCUUCGUCUCCUCCCCGGCUUUCCUCUCUCUCCUCCACGCCCAGUACUGACCUUUCCGCCUCCUCCCCCACCCCCAUUUCUCCGACCGCUGCCUCUACGACUCCGUCGCCGACCAGUGGCGCUCCGUCUCCCUGCUUUUCCCUCGGCCGCUCCGCUGUAUUGGAUUUUUGAGCCUAUUUAGGGUUUGGGCCAAGCUCGGUCCGGCUUAUACUUUGCUGAUCUUAAAGGCUGGGCUUUUUUUGGAUAUGAGAUUAAAUUAGGGCUAGCGAGCAAUUGCACGCGUUACGACAGUUUUAACAGGUCCGUUGGACCGCGGUUAACCCAGUGGAGCCUUCCGCCCGUGCUCGCCCGUUGUCGCCCACGUUUGCCAGUGCUCGCGAUUUCCGCCGAGAAGCAGCCCGCUUUUCUUCCUCCUCCUCUUUUUUUCGCGGGCAGAAACGCCGGAAUCUAGAGUUCCCUCGUCUCGACGCGCGCAGUGGCUCCUGGGUGAUCGAGGAAGAUGGCGUUUACAUAGGGUUCUCCUAUUUUCCCCUUGAAUCGGGUGAGACGUGGCCAUGUUCGAUGAUUCAGAUACCAUUGAUGAUUUUCUUUUUCCCACGGAGACUACCACAGGGCGACAGUUGGGCAAGUUUCGCCCUAAAGCUCGUGCUAAAACUGUCAAGGUUGUCUCUGCUUCUACCAAAACUUCAGAUGUUGCCCAUGGUGCAUCUGCUUCUUUGGAGCCAGUGGCUCUUGAUUCUCAUUCUGAGAUUGAGACAGAGCGACCCCAUCUCCAACCUUGCACUUCUAGUGGCUCUAUAAUGACCUGUCAGAAUGGAUCCACGACAGAAACUGUACCACAACCUAAGGUCACACAGACAGAAUCUGGAGCAUCCCAAGGUAAACAUGCGGAUAAUUUUCAGCUGAAUAAAGAAAAUUUGUGUCAGCUGAAUAAAGAAAAUUUGUGUCAGGAUGAAAAUACAAGCUUAAGUUUGAACACAUCCAAUGAUGAUCCCCUACAGCUUACAGUGGCCAUGUUCGAUGAUUCAGAUACUAUUGAUGAUUUUCUUUUUCCCACGGAGACUACCACAGGGCGACAGUUGGGCAAGUUUCGCCCUAAAGCUCGUGCUAAAACUGUCAAGGUUGUCUCUGCUUCUACCAAAACUUCAGAUGUUGCCCAUGGUGCAUCUGCUUCUUUGGAGCCAGUGGCUCUUGAUUCUCAUUCUGAGAUUGAGACAGAGCGACCCCAUCUCCAACCUUGCACUUCUAGUGGCUCUAUAAUGACCUGUCAGAAUGGAUCCACGACAGAAACUGUACCACAACCUAAGGUCACACAGACAGAAUCUGGAGCAUCCCAAGGUAAACAUGCGGAUAAUUUUCAGCUGAAUAAAGAAAAUUUGUGUCAGCUGAAUAAAGAAAAUUUGUGUCAGGAUGAAAAUACAAGCUUAAGUUUGAACACAUCCAAUGAUGAUCCCCUACAGCUUACAGAGGUCAUGUUCAAUGAUUUGGAUUCUGUUGAUGAUUUUCUUUGUCCAAUGGAGACUACCAAAGGACAACAAUUGGGCAAGUUUCGUCCUAAAGUUCGUGCUAAAACUGCUAAAGUUGUUUCUGCUUCUACCAAAACUUCUGAUGAUGCCCAACAUGUGGUGUCGGCUCCUUUAGAGUCUAUUGCUCAUGAUGCUCAUUCUGAGCUUCAGACUGAUACAACCUGUUUCCAGUCUUGCAUGUCCAGUUGCUCGACAGUUUCGGGUCAGCACAGAUCCAUGCCAGAAUCAGUACAGCAACCAGAGGUCAUGCGGACAGAGCUAGUAGCACCCCAAGAUAAACAUGCAGAUAAUUGUCAGCUGAAUGAGGCAAAUUUGUACCAGGAUGAAAACACAAGCUUAACUUUGAGCGCUUCAGAUGAUGUUCCUUUAAAGACUGUAGAAGUCGGAAAAGUAAGCAAAUUCAAACCCAAAGUGACCAAGCUACCUUCGAAAAAGGCAACAGUAAAAUCUGUUUCUUUUAUCCUUCCUGAUGCUUCCUGUUCUGCUCCUGUGGAAUCAAUUUCUGCUAUGGACACUUCCUCCAUACAAGCGACAAUCCAUAGCCCUGCAGAUAACCCUUUGCACACUUCAGAUACAGCGUCAGACUGGAAUGGAGAACAUCAAGUAGAUUAUGCAAGGAUAGGAGAAGAGAAUAAUGGAGAAAAUGAGCUUCAAAGAGUUCCCAAGAGCAUUGACGUGAUGUCUGAAUUUCAAUUUAUUGAGGAACCUAACCCCCAGAACCUGAAGAGAACUACUUCAGAAAAUGACACUAAUGCCAGUGCUACGAAAUCUACUAGAAAACUGAGAAAGAGGACAGUCAAAAGCAAGGCUGGCAACCUUGAAGGAAGUAUUGAUGGUGAUUGUGGUGCUGGAGUCGAUGAAAGUCAAAGCAACGAUGGACAAGAGGAUGAGAAUAUGCCAAAGCCAAAGAGGGCUAGCAGAAAAAGGAAAGGACAGACAUCUGAAGACCCAAAACCAGCAAAGAGGGGCAUGAAAGUCUCUUCAACAGCUGAUUCUUCUGUUGAGGAAUCAUCUAAAAAGAAGUUCCCUCAUGCUACUAGGCGAAAGAGAAGACAAGUCAACAAGAUUUUGCUUCAAACACCUGAAGAGGAGAUCGACCGAAGACAGAUUUGCAUAAAGGACCUAAUAAUGCUUGCAGAAGCUAAGGAGCGUAUAUCUACAAAGGAACCGAUUGCAACCGGUAAUUUAUUCUCGAAUCAGAGUUCCUUGGAUGACAAUGGUCUUUUUGGUGACGAUGAAGAAAUGAACCGUUGUGGUGGAGCCAAAAGUUACCCCAAUGAGCCAACUACAAAGAAAUUGAACUAUCAUUCAUAUUCAAAUCGGCUUCCAACUGUCAGAUGGUCAAAAGCAGAAACUCAGUUGCUUUAUGAGGCUAUUCGGCAAUUUGGAUCGGAUUUUGAAAUGAUACAACAGUUGUUCCCUAAUCGCACACGACAUCAAAUAAAGCUAAAAUUUAAAAUUGAAGAGAGGAAACAUCCUUUGCAAGUUCGUGAUGCUUUAUUUCAUCGUUCUGAAGAUUUUUCACAUGUUAUGCAAGUAAUUAAGAUUGUCCAAGAAAAGGCCGAGACAUCAGCAAAAGAAGAGACAAAUGAUGAUCAGGAAAAUGCAUCACCAUGUAACGUUGAUACAAAUGAGAAAGAAGCAGAAGGCAUUGCUGAUGAAGGAGAUGAUUAUGGAGGUAAAGAUGAAGAUGCUAGCUAUCCAGAUUUUGAUGAGCAUGAGUGGGAUAGCUGUACUUACCGUCGUGAGAAGGAAGAAGAUUCGAUAUGGGAUUUCUGAAUUAUUUUCCUGAACGUAGUGAUCUCUUUUCUAUCAAGUACGAUUGAAGUUAAAUCCAUCUCCUACCUUCAUCGUUUGACAAUCUCUUUCAUACAAACACUACUAACAUUUUAGCUGAUCAAUUUUUGCUGCUCAUUCACAACUGGCCUUGUGUUCCGGUUGUCAGUCUUCCCCCCAUGUCUACAAUUAAAAUCCAUACAAAUUGUGUGAAUUGCUCCACAGAGCAAGAAUUCAUAUUCUCUGUAGUCACGAUCUUGAAACACUUCAGAUUUCAACAUGUAUUUUGCCAUCAUAAGCAGUUUUAUUUACAUUGCCUUUUUAAUGCUUGUCGGGUUUGUAUUUUUUGCAUGUAUGUUGAAUUUUGAUUGAAUAAUUGUAUUAUGUUGGUUUGCA